AACAGACCAAGGAGGAUAGAAGAGGGCAUUUCUAAGUUCUAACCUUUGCACAAGUUCAUAAAUUCUUCCAUCGCAGAGCAUAGCAUCCCGAUCUGUCGAUCGCAGCCUAGCGGUGUUGAAGCAUAUCCCGAUCAAGUAUGGAGUGGGACAGCAACUCUGAUAUCAGCGAAAACGAAGAGGGUAUAGAGGAGGAAGAGAAACUAGGGUUCUUGCUUAGUACCAACUGCGAUGGAGCGCUGCUGCCUUUUCCGGUUGACUCGCUUCUUCAGCCUGCUCCGUGCGGUUUCGUGGUCACGGACGUUCUCGAGCCUGAUCACCCCGUUAUUUACGUAAAUUCUGUGUUUGAGAUGGUCACUGGAUACCGAGCCGAAGAGGUUCUUGGCCGAAACUGCCGAUUUUUGCAAUCUAGGGGUCCUUUUGCCAAAAGAAGACACCCAUUAGUGGACUCAACUGUAGUUGCUGAAAUAAGAAGAUGCCUUGAAUAUGGGCUUGAAUUCCAAGGAGAAUUAUUAAAUUUUAAAAAAGAUGGAACCCCACUAAUGAAUAGAUUGCGCUUGACUCCUAUCUAUGGAGAUGAUGCCACAUUAUCUCAUGUUAUAGGUAUCCAGUACUUCACAGAAGUGAUGGUUGAGCUGGGCCCACUGCCAGGAUCAUCAACUGGGGAGUUUCCACGAUCGUCUGUUACACACUGCUCUGGUCUUUCUCAGUGUGAACAAGUUUCUAAUGGGAACCUGAGUAUUGCUACUGGAGUUUGUGGGAUUCUACAAUUGAGUGACGAAGUUCUUUCUCUCAGUAUUCUCUCACGGUUGACCCCAAGAGAUAUUGCAUCUAUUGGCUCAGUUUGUAGACGGCUCAAUGCUAUGGCAAAAAAUGAAGACAUCUGGCAUCUAGUCUGUCAAAAUGCAUGGGGUAGUGAAACAACUCGUGUAUUAGAGGCAGUACAUGGAGUGAAAAAAUUAGGGUGGGGUAGAUUGGCGAGGGAAUUGACUACGCUUGAAGCAGUGGCAUGGAAGAAAUUAACUGUUGGAGGUACUAUUGAACCUUCACGAUGCAACUUUAGUGCAUGUGCUGUUGGAAAUAGGGUAGUUCUUUUUGGUGGAGAAGGGGUCAAUAUGGAGCCCAUGAAUGAUACCUUUGUUUUGGACUUGAAUUCCACUAGUCCCGAGUGGAAGCAUGUCAUAGUGAGCUCGCCUCCACCUGGGCGCUGGGGUCACACGCUUUCAUGUGUGAAUGGAUCUCGUCUUGUUGUGUUUGGUGGUUGUGGAACCCAUGGCUUACUGAAUGACGUAUUUGUUCUGGAUUUGGAUGCAAAACAUCCCACCUGGCAUGAGAUCUCAAGUUUGGCCCCUCCACUCCCUAGGUCAUGGCAUAGCUCGUGCACCCUUGAUGGGACAAAGUUGAUAGUGUCUGGGGGUUGUGCGGAUUCUGGAGUGCUUCUCAGCGACACAUUCCUUCUUGAUCUAUCAAUUGAGAAACCUAUUUGGCGAGAGAUACGAGUAACGUGGACCCCACCUUCUCGCCUGGGUCACACACUAUCUGUCUACGGUGGCCGGAAAAUUUUGAUGUUUGGGGGCCUUGCAAAGAGCGGUCCUCUACGUUUUCGGUCAAGUGAUGUGUUCACGAUGGACUUAGGUGAGGAGCAACCUUCUUGGAGAUGUGUAGCAGGGAGUGGAAUGCCUGGUGCCGGAAAUCCUGGGGGCAUGGCUCCUCCACCCAGGCUUGACCACGUGGCGUUAAGCCUCCCUGGCGGUGGAAUUCUCAUCUUUGGUGGCUCUGUGGCUGGUCUGCACUCCGCCUCAAAGCUAUACAUCCUAGAUCCCGAAGAAGACAAACCUACGUGGAGGGUUUUGAAUGUACCUGGUCUGCCUCCAAGAUUCGCUUGGGGACACAGCACUUGUGUUGUUGGGGGAACUAGAGCAGUGGUUCUGGGAGGUCAGACUGGAGACGACUGGAUGCUAAGUGAACUUCACGAAUUGUCCUUGGUCGGCUCUCUUUCCUGAAGUUCUUAAAAGUAGGUAUUUGAUCAGUAUCUCUUUAAUUAUGAAUGCAAUAAGGUUUUCUCUUUGAGUGAAGCGCCAUGGGCACAAAAUCAGUACGGGUCGGAUGCCCCUUUAUUGGGGCAUCAUUUUGUUCAGGUCAUGCGUGGAUGGGAACUGGAAGCCGAUCGAAAUAGUUCUUAUGACCAUUUGGGCAUCAUUCCCCGUUUUCAGCGGCUAAGUUUAGUUUGUCGCUCUAUGGGAAUCUGUGGUUAAGGUUCACAUGACACAACAUAUCAAACCAACAGGAGUACGAAGCGGCAGAGAAGGAACUGUUGAAGAGACGGAUGCUAUGGAGUACUUGUUUAUGUUAUACAACUUGUACGUAGCAAGUAAAUAGGGCGUGUUGUCUAUGUUGCAUGAAAGAAUACUGCAGAGUGUUUAUGUUAUGCGUAGUAAUUAGUGCAUAAAAUUAGGUUUGUAUA